AUGAGUACAAUGCAAUCAUUUAUGGCUCCAUUUCGAACACCAUUUUGGCUUGAAAAUAAACAUUGUAUUGUUAAAUAUGAUUACGAAUACGAUCAAAAUGCUUCGAAACAUCGUCGUGAUAUGAGAUCAACUCCUGGAGAUAUAACUGAUUACUCUUAUCGAAUUCAUCUCUAUUCGAUACCAAUCUUUCAUGAUAGUUCUGAUUAUUCUAAGCGAAAAAUUCAAAUCUUAAAUUCUAUGCUGAAUAUUACUAAUAACAAUCAACCAAUCAUCGUUCAUUCGUCUGAAGUAACCUUAGAUGGAAAAACAAGGACUCAAAGCAUCCAGAACAAAGUAGAUAUUAUUUAA